CACACACACACACACAAACUCAAAAUCGCGCACAGUAAACAUAAAUAAUUUUUCGUAUUUAUUUUAAUCUCACUCGAAGUACGAAACCAUGACUGACCUGAGUAUCAGCGGCCAGCAGGUGCUACCAGCACAUCCACCCACAAUACCGGAACCCUUCAGGAUCACCACGAAUGCCCCGCACCAGAUGAACGAUGCCAGUUUGACGCCCGGCAGGAGGAAGCUGCAAAAAUGGUUGGGUCGUGUCCUUCGGAUCGUCAUCACCGAUGGACGUGUCCUGGUGGGAUUCUUCAAUUGCACCGAUAGGGACGCAAACAUCGUGCUGUCCAUGUGCGCCGAGUACCUGGUGGAGGGCCAGGAGCCCCGCCUCUUGGGCAACGUGAUGGUUCCGGGCAAGCACAUCGUGUCCCUCAACAUUGACGAGCCCGAUCCGCAGUCCAGUCUCCUGGUGCAAUAGCUUCGAGUCCGUUCUUAGAUUCCUUUCAUCAUCAUUUUAUGUUAGCAAACAAAUAAAUCUGUUCGAGUACGCCUAUUAAAGACUUCACGGCGCUGAUGAA